GAAGACUACCACGCAACAUUCGUUGAAGCCGUUCCAUUCAGGAUGAUUGCAAUGUUCACUCCAAACGGUUUAUCUGUUAAUUUGCUUUGGUCUCAUAUGGAUCCCAAUAGCAGGAGUCAUGUUCCCUUUAAUGAUCAUGUUCUUGAUUCCUGUAAGACAAUACAUCCUCCCUAGAUUCUUCAAAAGAGCUCAUCUUCAAGACUUAGACUCAGCUGUAUAUGAAGAAGCUCCAGCUUUACCCUUCAAUCUCGCAGCGGAAACGGAGAUUGGAUCGACAACUUCAUAUCCAGGAGACUCAGAGAUUCUUGAUGAGGUUAUUACACGAAGCAGAGGAGAGUUUAGACACACAAGUAGUCCUAAGGUCACAAGUUCAAAUCCGCCUGUUAAUAACAGGAGUUUAUCUCAAGUGUUUAGUCCACGAGUUGGUGAACUCAGGUCUGGUCAGAUGAGUCCUCGUGUCGUGUUGAGAGUAGUCCAAACCCGGCUAGUUGUGGGAGGAGUCCCUUGAACCAGUCCUCGUCGA